ACGUACGUUUUCAGUUAAAGUUACUGACCCCUAAACUCAUUUAACCACUUAACUCAUUUCAUGAAUUGUUGCCUGUAUUGCAUUUUUUUCUAGGGGGGGGGGGUGUAGUUUCUCAUAAAUUAUGUUGAUGGGUAAACUGUCUGUUUUGUGGGUGAGAGGUGUGAAUGCUUCGAUGAUCACUGGAGGCAAUGAUUUCAAAAGGGUGGUGGCUAAGUUUGUGAUGCAAUAUUUCCUUCUGCCUGCUACUGAAUCACUUAAAAGACCUCCGCAUGAUAACUUACCUACAUAAUCAACACCGGCUAACUGACCAACAUCCAAAUUACCUUUGAUUUGAUUUGGACACCAAUAGCUAUGGCAUGGACUUCUAGAUUAAUCACUGUUGCUGUUCUGAUCGCACUCAUGGGAUGUUUCACUGGCGCACUAGGCAACUAUCGUCGUCCCAUUCAAGAUGGAGUGAGCUGCUGUAAGAAUGUGACAAAAGCAAGAAUACCUUCUACAAUUAAACUGAUUGGAUACAAGCAUCAGAAUGCUCUGAGUCCAUGUGUGGAUGCGAUAAUAUUCUACACAGAAAAGGAAAAGUACUGCUCUGAUCCAAAAGCGCGCUGGAUUAAAGACCGUCUGAAAGGUCUGGAGCAGAUAAUGGACUGAGCCAAUGGAGGCCUAGAAGAUUCUGCAGAUCUAUCUUUAUAUCGUUUCAUCUAUCUAUAAACAGAGAAUAUAAAUUAUGUAUCUACUAUUAGAUCCUCUAGCUUAUGUGAGUGUUAAAAGCUUUAUCUGCUUUCAAAAUAAAAUGCAAUUUUUGAAAAAUAA